AUGGCAAAGUUGAAACAUCCCAUCAGUUGCAAAGCUCUUACAAAGCCACCAAAGGACCAAAAGCCACCACCAUUCACAGGAGGGUUUGUUCCAAACAAACCAACCCAGAACAAGGUCUAUUCCUUCAAUCUAACCAAGGUUGAUGCUUUGUUUGAUGAGAUGCUGCUACAAAAGGUAAUAGAAACACCCCACAGGUUGCCCAAGCCUGAAGAACUCAAGGGUAGACAGUAUUGCAGGUGGCAUAACUCUUGGAACCAUUCCACCAACAGUUGUGUUAUUUUCAGAGACGUCAUACAGGAAGGAAUAACAACAUGA